AUGGCAGAUGGAUUAGAGGAUCAACAACAGGCUUUAUCAAUUCUCCUGGUCAAGUUCUUCAUAAUUCUCUGCAGAAACCUGUCUAAUGUGGAAGAAAUUGGAACUUGUUCCUACAUUAAUCAUGUUAUCACCAUGACAACACUCUAUAUUCAGCAACUAAAAAGCAAAACAAAAGAGAAAGAUGUGGCGGAUCAGACUUCUAUUGAAGAAUUUGUAAGACAUGCACUGGCUUUUUGUGAGAGUUUGUAUGACCCAUAUCGAAAUUGGAGACAUAGAAUUGCUGGAAAGAGCCUUAAUACUGUGGAAAAGAGCAGACAGAAGUACAAACCAGCCUCUCUCACAGUGGAGUUCAUUCCUUUCUUUUACCAGUGUUUCCAAGAAAGUGAACAUCUCAAAGAAAGUCUUAAAUGUUGCCUGUUACAUCUCUUUGGAGCCAUUGUAACAGGUGGACAGAGGAAUGCUCUUCAAGCAAUUUCACCAGCUACUAUGGAAGUCCUUCUUCGAGUUUUGGCAGAUUGUGAUUCCUGGGAUGAUCGGGAUCCUGAGGAAGUAAAUAGGAAGGCAGAACUAACUCUUAAAUGCCUGACAGAAGUAGUACACAUCCUCCUGAUUAGCAGCUCAGACCAGCGACAGGUGGACACCAGUACCAUUUUGGAGAACUACUUCAAGUUGCUGAAUUCAGACCACUCUGCAUUACCUCCUCAAAGGAGGUCUAGACAGUGGGAGAGCCGGUUCAUUGCACUACAAAUCCAGAUGUUGAAUACGAUCACAGCCAUGUUAGAUUGCACAGACAGGCCUGUUCUACAGGCUAUUUUCCUUAACAGUAAUUGCUUUGAACAUCUUAUUCGACUGCUACAGAAUUGCAAGCUAUUUUUAAAUGCUAACAGUAAGGUGGCAGACAAGAACGAAAAAGAUCUUGCCAACAAAUUACUGACAGAAAUGAAUGAGGACCAGGUAUUUCAAGAACAGUUGGAUUGUUUGGCUAUAUCAACCAUUCAGGCCCUGACAGCAGUGAUGAACAAAUCUCCAGCUGCUAAGGAAGUAUUUAAAGAAAGAAUUGGUUAUGCACAUAUGUAUGAGGUAUUAAAAUCUCUUGGUCAGCCUUCAUUGGAGUUGCUUAAAGAACUUAUGAAUAUGGCUGUAGAAGGAGACCACACAUCUGUUGGGAUUUUGGGUAUUAGCAAUGUCCAGCCCUUAUUGCUGCUUAUCCAGUGGCUCGCAGAACUUGAAUCACACGAUCUACAGAUAUUUAUCUCUGACUGGCUGAAGCGAAUUUGUUCUCUUAAUAGACAGAGUCGAACUACCUGCGUCAAUGCUAACAUGGGUCUCAGGAUCAUUGAUACCCUUUCUUCCCACUCUUCACUUCAUUGUACUUGUGCUGAGAACUUGAUAGCUCUCCUUGGUUCUUUGGGGAGUCAGUCCAUGAGCUCUGAAGAGCUCCAUAGGUUGUUAAGACUUCUGAGAACAGAUGCAUCCAAGAAGAUCCAUUCUUACACCAUUCCUGUAUUGAGAGCCAUCUUAGCAAUGGCUCGUAAGCAAAGUUUGGAGAGUGCACUGCAGUAUUUUAAUUUGUCUCAUAGCAUGGCAGGUAUUUCUGUACCAUCCAUUCAGAAAUGGCCAGGGUCUGCCUUUUCCUUCAAUGCGUGGCUUUGUCUAGACCAGGAUCAGUUGAAUACUGGAAUCUCUAACAAGGGAGGGAAGAGAAAACAACUAUACAGCUUUUUCACAGCAAGUGGCAUGGGCUUUGAAGCCUUUCUGACUUCUUCUGGAGUAUUGGUGGUGGCAGUGUGCACCAAGAGAGAGUAUGCAACUGUCAUGCUUCCGGACCACAAUUUCUGUGACUCCCUCUGGCACAACAUAACUAUUGUUCACAUGCCUGGAAAAAGACCUUUUGGUCAGAGCCUGGUCUAUAUCUAUGUCAAUGGACAACAGAAAGUCUCUGCCCCUCUCAGGUUUCCUGCAAUGAAUGAACCUUUUACUUUCUGUUGUAUUGGCUCAGCUGGACAAAGAACAACCACACCUCCACCAUCCCAAAUUCCAGACCCACCGUUUUCUUCCCCAAUUACCCCUCACCGAACAUCAUUUGGUGGAAUUCUGGCUUCAGCCUCCUGGGGAGGAACUGCUGAAAAAUCAGAGUUGCUAACCAAGUUAAUUUCAGCUGGGACUCAGGAUAGUGAAUGGGGAUGUCCAACAUCUCUAGAGGGUCAACUUGGGUCAGUAAUCAUCUUCCACGAAGCACUGCAUCCCCCUCAGGUGAAGUUGUUAUAUUUGGCAGGUCCAAACUGCUUAAAUCCUUGGAAAUCCCAAGAAUUUGAAAUGCCAGAUCUGCCUAGUAAAAUUCUUCUCCACUACACACCAAAGGCCUGCAGAAGUCCUAUUUGCCUUGAUUUAUCGAUCAAUUGUUUUCAUGGAAGAUUAACAGGAAACAAAGUAGUGAACUGGGACAUCAAGGAUAUUAUAAAUUGUAUAGGUGGCUUGAAUGUCCUCUUUCCAUUGUUGGAACAAAUCAGUUUUUUCGAUGGACAGAUAACUGAAAAAAAUAGGGAAAAUGUCCUUCCUGAGAUGAUGACACCUGUAGAAGGAGACUGGGUAGUAUUAUCUUCCACAAAAGCUUCAGAAUCUAGAAUAGAGAAGAAUUUAAUUGCAAUGUUUGUUUUGGUGGUAAAGCACUUUAUUCAGAGGCACCCUAUCAAUCAAGAAAAUUUCAUUCACUCUCAUGGAGUUGCAAUCCUUGGAGCUUUACUACAGAAGGUUCCAAGCAACUUAAUGGAUGUAAAUGUACUAGUUGCAGUACAAUUACUAGUUGAGCAAGUGUCAAUAGAGAAAAAUAUUCAGCUUCUGCAGCAAAUGUAUAAAUUUUUACUUUUUGAUUUUCGUAUCUGGAAUCGUGGAGAUUUCCCCUUUCGGAUUGGCCACAUACAAUAUAUUUCCACCAUUAUCAAAGAUAGUAGAAGGGCCUUCAGAAAGAAGUAUGGUGUGCAAUUUUUACUGGAUACACUUCGAAUUCAUUAUGGGAGUGGCUGUAAAGAGAGCAGUGAAUUGUCUCCAGAAGAUGUCCAAACAAUAAGGACAUCCUUGUAUGGGUUGAUCAAAUACUUCUUGAGCAAAGGUGCUACUCUGGAAGAAAUACAAAGCAUCAUGGGAUUCAUAGCUGUUAUUAAUGAAGAGGAGCAGCUCUUUGGAAUUUUGGAUGUCCUCUUCAGUCUGCUUCAUACCAGUCCAGCACGAGAUCAGCUUUUCUUAUUACUUUUUGAGCCAGGAAAUGCUGAUAUACUCUAUGUCUUGCUGUUAAAUCAGAAAUUCUCUGACAGAUUAAGAGAACUGAUAUUUAAGAUUACAGAGCAGAUGCUGAAAUGCACUAAAGUCUAUGAGCGUAGUAAACAGCGUAUUCGACUUAGAGAUGUUGGUUAUUCAGGACUGGGGCUCCUUCUGACUGAAGUACCAGUUAAUGUUUCUCUUAUUAAGAACCUUUUUAACCAAGUCCUAAAUACAGAUACUGUUGUGAAUUUCAAAGAUCUGUUAGCUGUAAUGUACAUGUCUCAUAAAGUGGAUACACAUGUCAGAGUGCCCAUGUGCAGGAAGGUUUUACAAAUUUUGCAGACCCAACCAGAUGCAGCCCAACAGAUUUCUCAACAAGUAGGAUGGCAAGAAACCUUGGUUAGACUUUUUCUAAAAUUAAAUUUUGUAACUGGAAAUGGACUUAAGCAAAGCAGGGCUGAUAUUAUGAAGGAAGAAGACAAAAAAAAUGCCCUUGAAGAUCUAAAGAAGUACUGUGAUGAAAAGGGAGAAGGGGAGAAAUUAAACUCCUUUGUCUUAGCUACUGCAGCUUUUGAUCCAUGGUGUUUAGAGGAAAGACAGUCUCUAGACUCUAAUACACACUUACUACUAGAUGAUAGCUCAGUAUCAGAAAACCAAGAACUGUGGCUUAAUGAUUCUUCACAUUUGAGUUUGGAUCUCACUGGGAUUGAUUCACUGGAAUUAAGUGAUAGUGGGAGUCAAAUGCCAGACAGUUUGCCUAGCACACCAUCUCCUAUAGAAUGUUCUUCUAAAGCAUUUUCUGUGCAGCUUGACAAGGAAAGCAACCUUACAAAUGACAUGGGGUUCAUUGAUGACCUUUCAUUAUUUGACAGCCAAGAGAGAUGUGAGGAAGAGCUCCUACAAUUAAUGACAAGCAUUCUGAGUUGUGUUAUGUGGAGGGGACUAGAAAGGACAGAUGACGCUGCUUGGAUUGAAAGGGGCCAAGUGCUUUCUGCUCUGACUAAACCAGGAAUCUCCAGUGAGCUAAUUAGAUCUCCAGAGGAAAUAAAACUGUGUUUGCUACAGAAGAUGUUAGAGUGGGCAGUUACCGAAAACAGAGAGGCAAAAACUAAUCCAGCAACUGCAGAAAAUGCCUUUCGACUUUUGCUCAUCAUACAAGAUUUUCUGCAGACAGAGGGCCUAGUUAACUCAAAUCUGUGGACUGAAAAGCUUUUAGAAGACAUGAUGCCUCUCUUUGACAGCCUAUCUAUCUGGUACUCUGAAAGCCCAGAAUGGCUGAAACUUUCUCAAAUUCAAGUCCACUUGCUUCUGGGUUUCAUUGGAACAGAUAAUUUGCAGGUUUGUGCUAUGGCAUCAGCCAAGCUGAAUACACUUCUUCAGACCAAAGUAAUUGAAAAUCAAGCCGAAGCAUGUUACCUAUUAGGAAAAUUGGAGCCUAUUCUAAGUCAGUCUAUCAGGGAGCAGACAGAAACCUACUCAUUUCUGAUUCCCCUUUUUCGUACCCUGGUGUCUAAAAUUUAUGAACUGCUCUUUAUGAAUUUGCACCUUCCCUCAUUACCUACUGCCAAUGGCAGCCCUUCAUUUUUUGAGGAUUUUCAAGAGUACUGCAAUUCAAAUGAAUGGAAAAUUUACAUUGAGAAAUAUAUCAUGCCCUAUAUGAAACAGUAUGAAGUCCAGACAUUUGGUGAUGACUGUGAGUCCAUGGCACUUUAUUGGAAGGACUGUUAUGAAGCCCUAAUGGUCAACAUGCAUAAAAGAGAUAGAGAAGGAGGAGAAAGCAAACUCAAAUUUCAGGAUUUUUUUGUGGAACCAUUUAAGAGAAAGGCUCGUCAAGAGAACUUACGGUAUAAUAGUAUGCUUAAACACCUUAGCAGCCAACACCUAGCCACUUUGAGACAGUGGAAAUCAAUCCAACUUUAUCUGACUUGUGAAAGAGGUCCUUGGGCUGAAAAGAAACCGAAUAUUAUUCACUGGAAACUUGCUAAUGUGGAAAACUAUUCCCGAAUGAAGCUUAAAUUGGUCCAGAAUUAUAAUUUCAACUCUCAUGAGGAAGCUAGUGCUUUGAGGGACAAUUUAGGUGUCCAACAUUCCCAGCUCUCUAAUGAGUCGUUGCUGCUAGAGGCAGUGAAACAAGUGAAGGUCAAUGAUAGGGAAGAGGAUAAACUAGAUCUUCCUGAAGAAGAUACAACCACCAGAGCAGAUGUGUAUGUAGAUGAGAAAGGAGAACAGAGUCAAAAAGAAAAACUGGUAUUAUCUGAAGAUUGUGAACUAAUUACAGUAAUUGAUGUGAUUCCUGGAAGAUUUGAAGUCACCACUCAACACAUUUACUUCCAUGAUGGUAGCAUUGAAAAAGAAGAUGGAAUAGGUUAUGAUUUCAAGUGGCCUCACCCUCAAAUUCGAGAGAUCCAUCUACGACGGUACAACUUGAGAAGGUCAGCCUUGGAGAUUUUUCUCAUUGAUCAAUCCAACUACUUUCUCAAUUUCAAAAAGGAGGUCAGAAACAAGGUAUACAGUCGACUCAUAUCAUUUCAUUCUCCAAAUAUUCAUGGAACCAGAUCACCACAGGAGCUCUUUAAAGCAUCAGGAUUAACACAGAAAUGGAUCAACAGAGAGAUUUCAAAUUUCGACUACCUCAUUCAAUUAAACACAAUGGCAGGAAGAACUUAUAAUGACCUUGCUCAAUAUCCUGUGUUUCCUUGGAUUCUAAGGGAUUAUACUUCAGAAGAUUUAGAUCUCAAUAACCCAGCUGUAUUCCGAGACCUGUCUAAGCCUGUCGGGGCAGUAAAUGAUAAGAAUGCUAAAGCUGUGCAAGGAAAAUAUGAAAAUUUUGAGGAUCCGCUGGGGAUCAUUGACAAGUUUCACUAUGGUACUCACUAUUCAAAUCCUGCUGGUGUUAUGCAUUAUCUCAUUCGUGUAGAACCCUUCACCACUCUUCAUAUUCAGCUUCAGAGUGGCAGGUUUGAUUGCGCAGAUCGACAGUUCUACUCUAUCCCUGCAACUUGGCAGGCCCUCAUGGAUAAUCCAUAUGAUGUGAAAGAGCUUAUUCCUGAGUUCUUCUACUUCCCAGAGUUCUUGGAAAAUCAAAAUCAUUUUAAUUUGGGGCACUUACAGAUUUCCAAAGAAUUGGUAAAUGAUGUGGUUCUCCCAAAAUGGGCUAAAUCUGCUGAAGAUUUCAUCUAUAAACAUAGGAAAGCUCUGGAGUCUGAGUAUGUAUCUGCUCAUCUUCAUGAAUGGAUUGAUUUGAUUUUUGGCUAUAAACAAAGGGGCCCGGAUGCAGUGGAAGCACUCAACGUUUUCUACUAUUGUAGUUAUGAAGGAGCAGUAGAUCUUGAUGCCUUAACAGAUGAAAAAGAAAGAAAAGCUUUAGAAGGAAUGAUUAACAAUUUUGGGCAAACACCCUGUCAGCUGUUAAAGGAACCUCACCCUCCAAGAUUAUCAGCAGAAGAAGCAGUACAGAGACAGACUAAAACAGACACUGCAACUUUGAACCUUUUCCAUCAUCUCCCUGAACUCCACUCAUUUUUUGUAGAGGGUAUCAGUGAUGGUGUUCCACUUGUAAAAGCUAUUGUUCCCAGAAAUCAGCCUCGUUCUUUUAUGACUCAGGGUAGCCCAGAGAUUCUGUUAACAGCAAGCAUGAACUAUGUAAUUGGAACUCAUGGGUGGCUGCCUUAUGACAGAAAUAUUUCUAAUUAUUUUACAUUCAUCAAAGAUCAAACUGUGACAAAUCCUAAAACUCAGCGUGGUAUAAAUGGUCCUUUUGCUCCAGGACUGGACAUUACUUCUAAGCUCUUUGUAGUGUCACAUGAUGCAAAGUUAUUAUUCAGUGCAGGGCAUUGGGACAAUAGCAUUCGAGUAACAUCACUCACCAAAGGCAAAAUGAUUGCACAGCACAUCAGGCAUAUGGAUAUUGUGACCUGCUUAUCCACUGAUUAUUGUGGAAUACAUUUGAUUUCUGGUUCAAGAGAUACUACAUGUAUGAUAUGGCAAGUAGCACAGCAGGGAGGUAUUCCUGUGGGCUUAGUGCCCAAACCCCUUCAGAUUCUUUAUGGACACACUGAUGAAGUAUCUUGUGUUGGCAUCAGCACUGAAUUAGACCUGGCAGUGUCAGGAGCAAGGGAUGGCACUGUGAUUAUUCAUACAGUUCAGAAAGGCCAGUACAUGAGGACUUUGCGACCACCAUGUGAGAGUUCUCUCCUGUUGACAAUUCCCAACUUGGCCUUAUCAUGGGAAGGACAUAUCAUUGUCCAUUCUAGCAUUGAAGAAAACACCACUUUCAAGGAUAAAAAUGCAUUACAUCUCUUUUCUGUAAAUGGAAAGUAUCUGGGGUCUGAGACUCUUACAGAACAAGUAUCAGAUAUGUGUGUAGCUGGAGAGCACAUCAUAAUGGGCAGCUUGCAAGGAUUCUUGUCCAUCCGAGAUCUCCACAGCUUAAAUCUGAGCAUCUCUCCAUUAUCCAUGAGGUUGCCAAUCUACUGUGUUUCUGUUACCAAAGAACAUAGCCACAUCCUUGUAGGUCUGGAAGAUGGCAAACUGAUUAUUGUUGGUGUUGGCAAGCCAGCUGAGAUGCGUUCAGGCCAGCUAUCUAGAAAGUUGUGGGGAUCCAGCAAACGACUCAGCCAGAUUUCAGCUGGAGAGACAGAAUAUAACACUCAAAAUUCUAAAUGA